GCAUUGGAUUAUGCUGUACAAGUUGACAGGUAUUUAAAACAAGUUCGACAAGAUGCACAAACAAAUAUUUAUCGACGGCAACGACAAUAUCAACAAUAUUAUAAUCAAGGAAGAAGUGAUAUCAAGUUUAAUAUCGGACAACUAGUGAUGAAGAAAGUGAUGGGUAGAAAGCCGGGGAGAUCAGCAAAAUUAGAUGAGAAAUGGAACGGACCAUGGCGGAUUAUUAAGCAACAAGGACGAUUGAAUUACGUUAUUGAAAAUAUAUUAACAAAACAACAAGAUGUAGCUCAUGUACAAAAACUAUGUCGGUGUUAG